AUGAACUGCUUCCGUGACGAGCUGGCCGAACAAUUGGGCUUCCACGAGCCCCACGACGAGUCGAAAUGCUCCAACUGUCAAAACAUCCAGAAGCUCCGUGAAGUGGUUCAAGAUUUAAAAAAAGCGGCCGAAUCGAUCCGAACACUGAUGGCGCUUCAAGAGAAAUCCAUCAGGGACCUGGUCCCGCUCGUCGAAGCCAUCGAAGCCAUCGAAGCGACGUGGACCUGAAAUAGGUAGUUCGUUUUGAAUUCAAGUCUUAGUCAAGUCACUACAACAAUCGCAUUUGUUCAGAAUCCGAGCUCCGAAUCGUCUCCACACUUCUCCACGCUCCGCCCCUUUUCCUGUGUUGA